GGGACGCCCAGCGCGUCGUCCGGCGCGGAGCUGGGCCGGCGGGGGCAGCCGUCGCCGGCUUCGUUUCGUGAGGCGCGGGGGUCCUUGUCGGCUCCCUCCGCCCUCCGCUCUCCGUCCUCCGCCCUCCGCCUAGUCGCGGCCUCCGCGGCCCCGCGCCCUCUCGUCAUGGCACCGUCGGCGCGCCCGGCGCGGCCCCGCUGAACCUCGGCGCGGCGGCGAGCGCGGCUCGGGUCACCAUGCCCACCCUAUUUUAACGGCCCCAUUCUGCUGCAAAUCUGGACUCAGGCUUAUGUGUCUCAGCCCGUUGGUCACUCAUGAGUGCAUACAUGAGUGGUAUAUACUUCAUGAGCCAAGUGAUAUCUGGAAAAGUUGUCUCUUGAAUAAUGCUACCUGGAGUGUGUUGCUGCUGUUCUGCUUUGCGUCCUCGCUACAAACGUCUGGUGGACAACAUAUUCCCUGAAGAUCCAAAAGAUGGCCUUGUUAAAGCUGAUAUGGAAAAAUUGACAUUUUAUGCAGUGUCUGCUCCAGAGAAACUGGAUCGAAUUGGUUCUUAUCUGGCAGAAAGGUUGAGCAGGGAUGUGGUCAGACAUCGUUCUGGGUAUGUUUUAAUUGCUAUGGAGGCACUGGACCAGCUUCUUAUGGCCUGCCAUUCUCAAAGCAUCAAGCCGUUUGUAGAAAGCUUUCUUCAUAUGGUAGCAAAGCUGCUGGAAUCAGGGGAACCAAAGCUUCAAGUUCUUGGAACAAAUUCUUUUGUCAAAUUUGCAAAUAUUGAAGAAGACACACCAUCCUAUCACAGACGUUAUGAUUUUUUUGUAUCUCGCUUCAGUGCCAUGUGUCAUUCCUGUCACAGUGAUCCAGAAACACGAACAGAAAUCAGAAUUGCUGGAAUCAGAGGUAUUCAAGGCGUGGUUCGCAAAACAGUUAAUGAUGAACUUCGCGCUACCAUUUGGGAACCCCAGCACAUGGAUAAAAUUGUCCCAUCCCUGCUUUUUAACAUGCAAAAGAUAGAAGAGGUUGACAGUCGAAUAGGCCCUCCCCCUUCUCCUUCGGCAGCUGACAAAGAAGAGAAUCCUGCUGUGCUGGCUGAAAACUGCUUCAGAGAGCUGCUGGGCCGGGCAACUUUUGGGAAUAUGAAUAAUGCCGUGAGACCAGUUUUUGCGCAUUUAGAUCAUCACAAACUAUGGGAUCCCAAUGAAUUUGCAGUUCACUGCUUUAAAAUUAUAAUGUAUUCCAUUCAGGCUCAGUAUUCUCACCACGUGAUCCAGGAGAUUCUAGGACACCUCGAUGCUCGUAAAAAAGAUUUUCCACGAGUUCGAGCAGGUAUUAUUCAGGUUCUGUUAGAAGCUGUUGCCAUUGCUGCUAAAGGUUCCAUAGGACCCACAGUGCUGGAAGUCUUUAACACCCUGUUGAAGCAUCUGCGUCUCAGUGUCGAAUUUGAAGCAAAUGAUUUACAGGGAGGCUCUGUAGGCAGUGCCAACUUAAAUACAAACGCCAAAGACAGUGAUGAGAAGAUUGUGCAGAAUGCUAUCAUCCAAACAAUAGGAUUUUUUGGAAGUAACCUGCCAGAUUAUCAGAGGUCGGAAAUCAUGAUGUUCAUUAUGGGGAAAGUACCCGUUUUUGGGACAUCCACCCAUACUUUGGAUAUCAGUCAACUAGGGGAUCUUGGAACCAGGCGGAUUCAGAUAAUGUUGCUGAGAUCUUUACUUAUGGUAACCUCAGGAUACAAAGCAAAGACGAUUGUUACUGCACUGCCAGGGUCUUUCCUGGAUCCUUUGUUAUCACCAUCCCUCAUGGAAGACUAUGAACUGAGACAGUUAGUCUUGGAAGUAAUGCAUAAUCUUAUGGAUCGCCAUGACAACAGGGCAAAGCUUCGAGGGAUCAGAAUAAUACCAGAUGUGGCUGACCUAAAGAUAAAAAGAGAAAAAAUUUGUAGGCAAGACACAAGUUUCAUGAAAAAGAAUGGGCAACAACUAUAUCGGCACAUAUAUUUAGGCUGUAAAGAGGAAGAUAAUGUUCAGAAAAACUAUGAGCUACUUUAUACUUCUCUUGCUCUUAUAACUAUUGAAUUGGCCAAUGAAGAAGUGGUUAUUGAUCUCAUUCGCUUAGCUAUUGCUUUACAGGACAGUGCCAUUAUCAACGAGGAUAAUCUGCCAAUGUUCCAUCGCUGUGGAAUUAUGGCGCUGGUGGCGGCAUACCUCAACUUUGUAAGUCAGAUGAUAGCUGUCCCUGCCUUUUGCCAGCAUGUCAGCAAGGUUAUCGAAAUUCGAACUAUGGAAGCCCCUUAUUUUCUACCAGAGCAUAUUUUCAGAGAUAAGUGCAAGCUUCCAAAAUCUUUAGAGAAGCAUGACAAAAAUUUGUAUUUUCUGACCAACAAGAUUGCAGAGUCACUGGGUGGAAGUGGCUAUAGUGUUGAGAGAUUGUCUGUACCAUACGUACCACAAGUAACAGAUGAAGAUCGACUUUCUAGAAGGAAGAGUAUUGUGGACACUGUAUCCAUUCAGGUGGAUAUUUUACCCAACAGCAUUCCUUCCGAUGAUGUGGUUAGUAAUACUGAAGAAAUCACCUUUGAAGCAUUAAAGAAAGCAAUUGAUACCAACGGACUGGAAGAACAGGAAAAGGAAAAGCGGCGUCUAGUGAUAGAGAAGUUCCAGAAAGCACCUUUUGAAGAAAUAGCAGCACAGUGUGAGUCCAAAGCAAAUUUGCUUCAUGAUAGACUUGCUCAAAUAUUGGAACUGACCAUACGUCCUCCUCCCAGUCCAUCAGGGACCCUCGCCAUCACUUCUGGGCACGCCCAAUACCAGUCUGUCCCAGUCUACGAGAUGAAGUUUCCAGAUCUCUGUGUGUACUAAGUGGCUCAGGAAGACCUCAGCAUAAAGCCUAAAAAUGAGUGCCAGGCUGAGGUUUCAGGGUUUACUUGAUGUUUGUUAACAUACGUCUUGAAAACUACGAUGGAACUUACCUUUUACCAAAUGCUUGGCAUAUCAGAUUAGAAAUUUUGCAACUGUAGCAUAUGAUUUAGAGUACUUUUGAAGAUAGGUUUAUGCCGUGUGAAUUUUUUUGAGGUUCCUGAUGCUUUUUAAAAUUGAACAUACAUUGGCCUCUCAUUAAUUCGUUGUUAAAUAGUACAUUAAAUUUUUUUUCACAAACAUGUAAUUAAAAAAAACAACAAGCCAUCAGAGGGUUGAAGGUGUAUGAAGUAUUUACAGUAUUUCUUAGACAUCUAUACAGCUGUGUAAAAUUAGAACUGCUUUUUUCUUUAUCUGCAAUGCAAAAGCAAAAACAUACAACUGUAUUCCUAAUCCUGGGGCUGCAAAACCGUUUUGUGAUUUUUCGUCCCCAUGUUUUAGAUAUUGUGAUAGGCACCCCUCAGUUAGUUUGUUAGAGCAAAAAAAAAUAUGUGGCCGUCAGUCCUCGUCCUCUUUAUGGUAAUAACAUUCACUGAGUAAUAUUCCUAGAAUGUGACCCUAAAACCUCCAUACUUUAAAGUGUCUGGUUCUUACGAUACUGUGUUUUCUGCCAGGUUUGACCAUUCUACUUGAGAGUCUUAGAGCUUGCUCUUAGAGUACCGAACUGUGCAAUAUUUUUUACAUCAUAAGAUGUAUUAGUUUACAGAUUACGCUUUGAAAUUAUAAUGGUAUUUUGUGUGGUUCCACUAAUUAAAUGAGCUAUAUAUUUAGUAUAGAAAAAAAGACAUUUAAAACAGCUAAUAGUUCACCUGUGAAGAGUGCAUACAUUUUUAUUUCUUUUAAGAGCACAUUAAUUUACAUUUUUAUACUGUGCAUUGUUUUAAAUCCUCAUAGUCAAAAAAUGCCCCAAAUGGACUUUUAAUUUUUAAGAUUUGAACUGUAACUUGUGUGCAUCUCUGUUUAUGAUUCGUGAUAAUUAUAUUUGAAAAGAGUGCCUAUGGUUUUAGCAGUCGUCAGUUUAAACUUGUGUUGAUUUAAUCUACCAAGAUUACACAUGCUAACAGAAGGUGUUUCCUUAAAAUUAUGUACGUUUUAGUGAAUUCCGUCACAUGGCAGAAUGAACAACUUUCUUUUCAACUCUUCCGAAAUCUCUUAGGACAUUCUUAUGAAAUAAUCUGUUUAUAAUUCUCCUAUCUUUUCAGAUUUGAUUCCUUUUUACACAAAACUAUAUACAUAUCAAAUAUUGUAGUCCCAAAAUAAUUUAGUUUCUAGCUUUUGCUUUUGUUUGAAAAAUCCCAGUGAAGAAUGGCCUGUUCCUCCUUUGGGUUUAGGGUUCUUUGGGCACCUUUAGCAGAAACAAAGUUAAGGAAGUAAUAAUAGGACCAGCAUACUUGAAACUCUUGAAUAUUUAAACCAAAGCACAGCAUCUUUAAACAACUUGCAAAAGACCUUAGUCUUUUAAACCUAUAAAAUGAUACUCAAACGUCUUGCGUGGUUUAGUUACCUUCUCAGUGUAGAUAAACAAGACGCUGUUUUCUGAGUAACUGUGCCGUCACCACCGGGGGACUAAAUGGCCCCUUGACCAGGUAAAAUGGUUCACCACUUAAUAGGCCAAGUUUUACCUUUGUUUUUAAUUUCCCUUUUUUCUUCUCUAUUUUUAAAGAAAGAUACUAACUUUUGAUUUUGCAUUAAAAAAAUCUAAGCAGGGGGACAGGCUAAAACAAGCAUCAUCCACUUGGAUGUCAUUUUAUAGAUUAACACUGUGUGCUUUUGUAUAAAAUAUAUAAUUUAAUAGUAUAAGAAAAGAAGAUAUAUAUUCAUUUGCACUCAUGCAAAACAAACUUUGCUCUACGAAACUCACAUUUCUCUGUGAUUUAAAACUGCAUGUGUAGCAUGUAAGAGAAAAUCAUUUCAGUUAAUGUUUAUCACACCUUUCUCUUGGUCUGUUUGUAAACGGUUGAUUUGGGUUUUUUGGGGUUUUUUCCUGGUUGUAGUUGUUAUUUUUACACAGUAAACUUCUAUGUAUCCUAGCUUACUGAGCUGGUCUUUGUUAACAAGGAUUCCCAAGAAUUGGUGGAUUUUUCCUUUGACUUGUCCCUUCCAGGAGAUUGCAGGACGUCCUGCAGCUGAUAGGUAUGCAUGUAGUCUAUCAUAUUGCCAGUUUGGAUAUUGAAAGUUUAGGAUUAGUUGAAGUUCACUGUAUUGCUAUAUUUUUGUAGAUAUUUAAAGUCUUAAUAAAAACUGUUAAUCAUUCUCUUUUUGCUGUA